AUUCCACAGAAAUGUUCCAAUUUGUUAGAUGCUAUUCUGUAGGCUGUGAUUAUGGCUCACUGGCAUGCACAGAUCGAUGACAGCCUUUGUAGAGCGCGGUCGGCGAUCUGAUGCCGGCUUUGUUUGUUUUGGAAAAUUCGGUAGCCGCCCAUUUGUAUAUGUUAUUGCUUAUGUGCUCACUUUGCAGAAAAUUAAAUAUUGGGUAGGCACAUAUUCUUUCUUCUAAAUAAUAGAGCAUAGGAAAAAGAUUGAAAACAUCCGGUGAGAUGAAAUUUCGCAAAGGUGGCGAUUGUCUGACAUAAAAAGCUCGAAACACGAUACUAUAUAUUCCAUCUGGUAAAAAGAAAUUACUUCUUGUUUUCCAUGGUUUUUUAGGUGCAAUUUGUACCACUAUUUGCUCUUAAUUUGUAUUGAUAAGAUCUCCUUAAUCUAUAAGAUAAUAAGAGAAUUGUAUUUAUGCGUAUGAUUGUAAGCUUUUCCAAGGUAAACAUUUUAAAACUUACCACAAGGAUAUACUAAUAGAUUCUUAUAAAUUUAUAAGAUAGUAAAGUUUUUUUCCCAGAUAAAUUCGUAUGCAUGAUUUUUAUGAUUUCGAACCAAAUAUUUUAAAAGUUACCGAUAAUCAAAUAUUUAAAACUUUGACAAGAUAUAAAAUAGAAAAUGUUCAAGUGUUUGUGAGCAGGUAUAUAAUUCGCCCUGACUCCUUAUUUUGGCCAACGCAAGAGCACGAACAACCACAAAUCAGCCUGCAUCCAUCCAUCGUUGCUUGUGAAUUUCUGAAUGCGUCGUCCAUCGAUCGUGUGGUGCCUCCAACGGAAUUAAGAGAUCGAAAAAUCAGCAGCCGAUUGAAUCGAUCGAUCGAAGGAGAGAAUGGACGAGGUGGAGCAGCAGCUGUCCAAGCAGCAGAUCGAGGAGUUCCGGGAGGCCUUCAGCCUCUUCGACAAAGAUGGCGACGGGACGAUCACGAGCAAGGAGCUUGGCACGGUGAUGCGUUCGCUGGGGCAGAGCCCGUCGGAGGAGGAGCUGCAGGAUAUGGUGAAGGAGGUGGACGCCGACGGCAGCGGCGCCAUCGAUUUCCAGGAGUUCCUGACCCUCCUGGCGCGCCAGAUGCGGGAGGCCAACGGCGCCGACGAGGACGAGCUCCGCGAGGCCUUCCGCGUCUUCGACCAGGACCAGAACGGCUUCAUCUCCCGAGACGAGCUCGGCCACGUCCUCCAGAACCUCGGCGAGCGCCUCUCCGAUGACGAGCUCGCCGAGAUGCUCCGCGAGGCCGACGUCGACGGCGACGGACAGAUCAACUACACCGAGUUCGCCAAGGUCAUGUUGGCCAAGCGAAGGAACCAGGAGUUGGAAGACCAUGGGAGCGACUCAUCUCACUCCAAGAGCUCCUGUCCCUCAUGUACAAUCCUCUGAAACCCACUCUGCCACCUUCAUUUCUAGCUGACAGCUGAGAGAAAUGUAACAACAUUCACUGUGUAAAUGGGGGGAAAAUGAAACGGCAA